AUGCCACUAGCCAACGCCGUGCUGAGGAGUAGGAAUGGAGGAAGAGGCAAGAUUGCUGCUGCUGUUGAGCUCCUGCUAAAUGCAGUCAGGAGCAACGGUUGUGGCAACAAGAAGAAGAAGUGGAAGCCUGUGGCACAAUUACAGUGCUAUAAGUGCCAAAAGCUGGGACAUAUAGCCAGGGAAUGCGACGGCAUGGUUGCGUGUGUUAAGUGCAGGCAACCGCACGACACACGGAACUGCACCAAACCAAGAGGUACUGCAGCAGCGUGCAUAAAUUGCGGGGGCUCGCACGCCGCAAACGCAAGCAGCUGCAGCUAUCUGAAGAUGUGGAAGCAGUGUAAGUUGGCCACCACAUACGUAGAGGUGGCCCAACAUGAAGAGAAGGUGGACACCCUGCCCUCCGACCUUAGUAGGGAAAGCGGGCUGUGCCACCAAGAUGACGUGGACGCCUUCCGCCAAGCGCUGCAGGAAGCCAACGAGGACACAAUCACCGUGCUCAAAUCUGCCAUGGCAGAGGGAGAGUGGCCCUGA